GUGUAGUUUGAAAGGCUUCAAAUAAACAAAGUCGUUUGAAUCUUCUCCGAAGUUUAUGCCCAGUCGUGACUUGUUUGCUUGACCUAAACGGACACUUCUGUUGAGGUAAGCGGAUGUUAUAUCCGACACAUUUUAGGUAACUAGCUAAAAGUAUGUUCAGCUAACGCGUUACUUAGCCAGCUAGCAGCAGUAACAUUAACAUUUAGCUAUUUGCAGGCACCAGAGACCAGUUAGCUUGUAGCUAACCAGCUGAGUUAACGUAACAGAACCUGCCGAGUAAAUCAAUUAGCUAAGUUGCAUAAAUGAUAGUUAGGCGCUUCAUUUGGUGUUUAUUUUACAGGAAGAUCAUGGAUGGGGAAUUUCGAAGUGGGUUGUCGACAGCUUUGAAGAGACAUAGAGACCCUUUGUCUGACACAGAGGACAAUGUCCACUCAUCGUCGUCUGGUGAGUGUGUCAACUACAUUGUGUCUGUGUGCGUGCGCAUGAGUGCUUGUUAAACCCCCUAAGGUAGAUGUCCGAGCCCCCGCGAAAAUCUAAUUAGCAUAAUACAAAAAUCCCUAUAAAAGUCCGUCAGUUUAAAAUGGAGAUAUCGGUUGUUCUUUUGCAUUGGAUGCGUCUCAAUCCACCGCAUCCGCCUAUGUAACACUUCCGCAUUUGCGGUGAAAGGUGACAGAGCGAGAAUGGUGUUUUUCAGACCAUGAGACAUCAUUUUUGGGGGGCGGGACUAUCUUUUGUUCCAUGUAGUGAAUGUUAUUCAAUGCGUUUGUAUGGGCUAAAAGCAGUAAGGCCAAAUACAAUUUUUCAUAAAAUGUUAUUUUAUUUAUUUUUGCUACUUCAAGGGGUGUUAAAAUUCAAAAUCAAAUAGCAAAAUGAUAUUUGGUAUUACCUUUAAACAAUUCUAUAUAGCUUAGUAGAACCCCACCCUUCCCUGGCUUAGACUCUUAUUAAAGGCUUGAACAAGUAUUCAUUGGUGUCAUAACUCAUGUCGUCCAUCAUCAGUGCAGUGUUGCGGCAUACCGUUAUUAUUGUGAGCUUCCCUUUCCUGUCUUACAGAGGUCAAUGAUGUUCAGAAGAGGCUUCGCCUGGAGGUGUUGGGCGAGGAGAACGUCAGCCCUACCAAGAGGUCUUCAUCUAGAGACCGCCUCCGCUGUGCAGAGCUGGUGAAGCCAGACACCCCUGCUCUCUGCUCUGUCCGCUCCAGAGUACAGCAACUAACUCAGGGUACGAGGAUAACGCUCCCUCCUAAAAUAACCAACUCGGAGCCUGUAUACAGUAUCGAUAGAAUUAGAAUAUGUCGGUAUCCAUGCAGCACUCAGAUCUGUAGUCAUUGAGAAACAGUGACUCCAACAGGGGAUGUUUUGUUUACAGGAGGGCAUGUGCUGGCUCAGAGAUGCCUCUCUGAUCCAGGAUCUGGGGUACCAUCCAUUAAAUUCCAGGAUGGAUUCAAAGAGCACCAUCUUAUUGGUGAGGAUUCUUACACAUUUACCUUCAAGCUUCUUUACAAAGUGUGCCACACUCUCACUUGCCAAUGUGAAGACUGCAUCUUUACCAUUCGUUGAAUGCGAGUGAGAACACAUCUGCACUAAGAAGGUGGUUAAAUGAUAGGAGCAUCUGGUCUGUUUUUCAGGUGAGGCAGAAUUCAGUUUGCGGGUGGAGCGGUUUAGAUCCCCCACCACUCCUCAGGCCAGCCCCCUGCCAGCCAACCGGUGUCCCCGUACCCUCUCCAACGCCGUUACCAACUUACAACUGAAACUUGAGGCCAGCGACACGCCCAGCUCCAAACAAGCCUCCCGCAUACGCCAGGUCUGUGCCACACAUAGGUGAAAAAUAUGUCUGUGCCCUUGAGCAAGGCACUUAACCCUAAUUGCUCCUGUAAGUCGCUCUGUAUAAGAGCAUCCGCUAAAUGACUAAAAUGUAAAUUGUACCAGGAACUUGUCUAGAGGUAUGCAAUGCAUUCUGAAAUGUUGAUCUUGCACAAUUAUAAAAAUUCCUGUGAAGUUUCUAACUGCUUCUAUUUGUCUGACAAAUCAGGAGAGGGAGGAGGAGCUGCGUCUCCUAAGGGCCCAGCCAAUCACAGAGAAUGUCUUCCUAAAGCGAAGCUUCUCUGAUUCCUCACUGACUGAGGUAAGUUUUGUAUUACCCUCUCUCUUGUGUCUGGUCACGAAUAUUGUUGUUAAGGGUUAUGUUUGUGGCUCCCGCUCAGCCCAAUCAAAGCUCUUUUUUUCUGACCUGGCACCUCAGUGGUGGAACGAGCUUCCCCCUGACGCUAGGACAGCAGAGUCCCUGCCCAUCUUUCGAAAAUGCCUGAAACCUUACCUCUUCAAACAGUAUCUUAAAUAAUGUACAGCAGAUUUGGGCACUAAUAAGCGCCUAAAUUGGAACGUAGUGGCUGUACAGUAACUUGCUAUACAUGACGUCAGCGCUGUGGUUCUGCGCUUCACAGCACUGUAUGGUAUUUGACUGACAGCUGAACUUGAGCACCACGCGCUAAAAAGAAGUUGCCCCCAUCCCUUCUGGUAAUUGGGCAACUUUUGCAACUCUUUUGUUGUCUGUGAGGGAGAUGCUGUAAAUUUAAGAUGAUUCAAUGUAUUUAAAAAGAUGAGACGUUGAGGAUUAUAAUAAAUACCGCUUUGAUGUCAUACAAGCAAGCCGAACACCUGUGAGUCCAAACGUGCACUUCACAUUUACAAAUCAUAAAACUAAUUUUAUAUACAGUGUCAAUGUUUAUGAUUACUAUGUUUGUACAGUUACAAGAUGACAUGGCGUCAUUCCCUGGAUUGUUCUGAACAGAAUGAGCCAAUGUUUGUUUAUUGUGCCGGGGGAAUGCACUCAUGAUUCCUUUCUAUGCUCACCAUGAUCUGUUUCUCUUAAUUGCCUUCUGAAAGCCUAAAACUGUAAGAUCAUAUUUUAUGAUGUUUGCAAUGGAACAAGCUUUCAAAUCAUGCCCACCUGACCCAUAUUGCGAUUUUAUAAUGGACCGUUUUUGGAUUGCAUAAACAACAGUAAUUGUGUGAUGGCGUGUAUGCAGGGUUGUGUUCCAAACUAAACGACUACAAGUGUGCUUGCUCUAGUUCCUCAAUGACACAGCUAGGAGAACUCAAAGAACCUUAUAGUUGAACUCUUUGUCAUAAAAGUGCGUUACAAUUGCUUAGGAACUGUGCACACGUUGGAGACGUGUGGUCACUUGGAGACACCAGUGAGUCCUUUCACUCAAACCCUUGUAAUUUUUGUUGUUUUAUGUUGCAGAUACCCCACAUUUUCCAGGAAUAGUCUUAUGUUACUGAAUGUAUCCAGAGUAUUUUCAGAUUUCGUUGUAAACGAAUGCGAGAAAAAGUACAGUAGAUGUAAAAUGCACAUAAAAUUAACAGUGUAAUGUUUGGAUUCAGUCUUGUCAGGUGAACUGUUGUACUCACCUUUUGGUCUAAUAAUUUCCCCAUUAUUUUCAAACUGUUCCCUUUCAUUUGCUACCAUGGUUAUGCAUUUUCAUAUUUCUUCUUUAAGAAACAUUUCAAUAUACUGUAGCCAAUUCCCACGUGUGUAAAGGGUUAAGAUGAAUGCACUAACUGUUAAUCGCUCUGGAUAAGAGCGUCUGCUAAAGGACUAAAAUGUAAAUGUUGAGCUCAAGUACUUGUUUCCUGAUAGAACAAUUAUAUUUGUUGUGAGAUCAUUAGAGGGCGACCCCACCCGUCUCCUCAUUCUCCCCUUGGAUGAUGGUUAGACGUAGCAGGAGACUGCAGUGGCCACCGUUCCAACCAUGGAAUGUGAGUUUACUUAUAUGGACUGAGUGUAACUGGUUCUGAGAAGAACAGGGUGUCUUGAAAUGUCACAGGUGUCACUGAUGAGGUGUCAUUUUCAUCCCCCAAGUCACUUGAAUGGUAAUCAGGUAUAGGGUUCACUUGGUCCUUCAUAUAGUGGUACAGAAUCUUUGAAAUAUACAAUGCCUCCGGAAAGUAUUCAACCUCCUUGACUUUUUCCACAUUUUGUUGCUUUACAAAGUAGGAUUUAAUUGUCCUUUUUUGUCAAAGUGGAAGAAACAUUUUAACAUUUGUGAAAAUUCAUGAAAAAUAAAACACUAAUAUAUUUUUGAUUAGAUAAGUAUUCAGCCCCCUGAGUCAAUACAUGUUAGAAACACAUAUAGCAGCAAUCACAGCUGUGAGUCUUUUUUGGGUAAGUCCCUAAGAGCUUUGCACACCUAGAUUGUAUAAUAGUUUCCCAUCAUUCUUUUUCAUAUUCUUCAAGCUCUGUGAAGUUGGUUGUUGAUCAUUGCUAGACAGCCAUUUUCCAGUUUUACCAUAGAUUUUUAAGCCAAUAUAAGUCAACUGUAAAUAGGCCACUCAGGAAUAUUCAAUGUCGUCUUGGUAAGCAACUCCAGUGUAGAUUUGGCCUUGUGUUUUAGGUUAUUGUUCUGCUGAAAGGUGAAUUCAUCUUCCAGUGUCUGUUGGAAAGCAGACUGAACCAGGUUUUCCUCUAGGAUUUUGCCUGUGCUUAGCUCUAUUCUGUUUUUUAUCCUAAACUCCCAUAACAAGCAUACCCAUAACAUGAUGCAGCCACCACAAUGCUUGAAAAUAUGAAGAGUGGUACUCAGUGAUGUGUUGGAUUUGCCCCAAAGAUAAUGUUUUAUAUUCAGGACAAAAAGUGAAUUUCUUUGCAGUAUUACUUUAGUGCCUUGUUGCAAAUAGGAUGCAUGUUUUGGAAUAUUUUUUUAUUAUGCACAGGCUUCCUUCUUUUCACUCUGUCAUUUAGGUUAGUAUUGUGGAGUAACUACAAUGUUGUUGAUCCAUCCUCAGUUUUCUCCUAUCACAGCUAUUAAACUCUAACAGUUUUAAAAUGACUAUUGGCCUCAUGGUGAAAUCCCUGAGUGGUUUCCUUCCUCUCUGGCAAGGUGUAUUGAUACACCAUCCAAGGCCUAAUUUAAUAACUUCACCAUGCUCAAAGGGAUAUUCAGUAUUCAUACACUGCUCAAAAAAAUAAAGGGAACACUAAAAUAACACAUCCUAGAUCUGAAUGAAUGAAAUAAUCUUAUUAAAUACUUUUUUAUUUACAUAGUUGAAUGUGCUGACAACAAAAUCACACAAAUUAUCAAUGGAAAUCAAAUGUAUCAACCCAUGGAGGUGUGGAUUUGGAGUCACCCUCAAAAUUAAAGUGGAAAACCACACUACAUGCUGAUCCAACUUUGAUGUAAUGUCCUUAAAACAAGUCAAAAUGAGGCUCAGUAGUGUGUGUGGCCUCCACGUGCCUGUAUGACCUUCCUACAACGCCUGGGCAUGCUCCUGAUGAGGUGGCGGAUGGUCUCCUGAGGGAUCUCCUCCCAUACCUGGACUAAAGCAUCCACCAACUCCUGGACCGUCUGUGGUGCAACGUGGCGUUGGUGGAUGGAGCGAGACAUGAUGUCCCCGAUGUGCUCAAUUGGAUUCAGGUCUGGGGAACGGGCGGGCCAGUCCAUAGCAUCAAUGCCUUCCUCUUGCAGGAACUGCUGACACACUCCAGCCACAUGAGGUCUAGCAGCCCCUGUAACAGGGUUAGAGGCAGAGAACCCUCUCUCCACUGGGGUUCUCUGCCUCUAACCCUGUUACAGGGGCUGAGUCACUGGCUUGCUGGUGCUCUUUCAUGCUGUCCCUGGGAGGGGUGCGUCACUUGAGUGGGUUGAGUUACUGACGUGAUCUUCCUGUCUGGGUUGGCGCCCCCCCCCCUUGGUUUGUGCUGUGGUGGAGACCUCUGUGGGCUAUACUCGGCCUUGUCUCAGGAUUGUAAGUUGGUGGUUGAGGAUAUCCCUCUAGUGGUGCGGGGGCUGUGCUUUGGCAGAGUGGGUGGGGUUAUAUCCUUCCUGUUUGGCCCUGUCCGGGGGUUUCUUCGGAUGGGGCCACAGUGUCUCCGGACCGCUCCUGUCUCAGCCUCCAGUAUUUAUGCUGCAGUAGUUUAUGUGUCGGGGGGCUGGGGUUAGUUGGUUAUACCUGGAGUACUUCUCCUGUCUUAUCCAGUGUCCUGUGUGAAUUUAAGUAUGCUCUCUCUAAUUCUCUCGUUCUCUCUUUCUCUCUGAGAACCUGAGCCCUAGGACCAUACGUCAGGACUACCGGGCAUGCUGACACCUUGCUGUCCCCAGUCCGCCUGGCCUUGCUGCUAUUCCAGUUUCAACUGUUCUGCCUGCGGUUACGAAACCCCUACCUGUCCCAGACCUGCUGUUUUCAACUCUUAAUGAUCGGCUAUGAAAAGCCAACUGAGAGACCUGAGCCCUAGGACCAUACGUCGGGACUACCGGCCGUGGUGACUCCUUGCUGUCCCCAGUCCGCCUGGCCUUGCUGCUAUUCCAGUUUCAACUGUUCUGCCUGCGGUUAUGGAACCCCUACCUGUCCCAGACCUGCUGUUUUCAACUCUUAAUGAUCGGCUAUGAAAAGCCAACUGAGAUUUAUUCCUGAUUAUUAUUUGACCAUGCUUGUCACUUAUGAACAUUUUUGAACAUCUUGGCAUGGUUCUGUUAUAAUCUCCACCCGGCACAGCCAGAAGAGGACUGGCCACCCCUCAUAGCCUGGUUCCUCUCUAGGUUUCUUCCUAGGUUUUGGCCUUUCUAGGGAGUUUUUCCUUCUAUACCUGCAUUACUAGCUGUUUGGGGUUUUAGGCUGGGUUUCUGUACAGCACUUCGAGAUAUUAGCUGAUGUACGAAGGGCUAUAUAAAAUAAAAUUGAUUGAUUGAUUGAUUGUCUUGCAUUAGGAGGAACCCAGGGCCAACCGCACAAGCAUAUGGUCUCACAAGGGGUCUGAGGAUCUCAUCUCGGUACCUAAUGGCAGUCAGGCUACCUCUGGCGAGCACAUGGAGGGCUGUGCAGCCCCCCAAAGAAAUGCCACCCCACACCAUGACUGACCCACCGCCAAACCGGUCAUGCUGGAGGAUGUUGCAGGCAGCAGAACGUUCUCCACGGCGUCUCCAGACUCUGUCACGUCUGUCACGUGCUCAGUGUGAACCUGCUUUCAUCUGUGAAGAGCACAGGGCGCCAGUGGCGAUUUUGCCAAUCUUGGUGUUCUCUGGCAAAUGCCAAACGACCUGCACGGUGUUGGGCUGUAAGCACAACCCCCACCUGUGGACGUCGGGCCCUCAUACCACCCUCAUGGAGUCUGUUUCUGACCGUUUGAGCAGACACAUGCACAUUUGUGGCCUGCUGGAGGUCAUUUUGCAGGGCUCUGGCAGUGCUCCUCCUGCUCCUCCUUGCACAAAGGCGGAGGUAGCGGUCCUGCUGCUGGGUUGUUGCCCUCCUACAGCCUCCUCCACGUCUCCUGAUGUACUGGCCUGUCUCCUGGUAGCGCCUCCAUGCUCUGGACACUACGCUGACACACAGCAAACCUUCUUGCCACAGCUCGCAUUGAUGUGCCAUCCUGGAUGAGCUGCACUACCUGAGCCACUUGUGUGGGUUGUAGACUCCGUCUCAUGCUACCACUAGAGUGAAAGCACCGCCAGCAUUCAAAAGUGACCAAAACAUCAGCCAGGAAGCAUAGGAACUGAGAAGUGGUCUGUGGUCACCACCUGCAGAACCACUCCUUUAUUGGGGGUGUCUUGCUAAUUGCCUAUAAUUUCCACCUGUUGUCUAUUCCAUUUGCACAACAGCAUGUGACAUUUAUUGUCAAUCAGUGUUGCUUCCUAAGUGGACAGUUUGAUUUCACAGAAGUGUGAUUGACUUGGAGUUACAUUGUGUUGUUUAAGUGUUCCCUUUAUUUUUUUGAGCAGUGUAUUUCUAUCCAUCUACUAAUCGGUGCCCUUCUUUGCAAGGUUUUGUAAAUCCUCCCUGGUCUUUGUUUGAAUAUGUGCUUGAAAUUCACUACUUGACUGAGGGACCUUACAGAUAAUUGUAUGUGUGGGGUACAGAGAUGAGGUAGUAAUUCAAAAAUCAUGUUAAACACUAUUAUUGCACACAGUGUGUGAUAUGUUAAGCACAUUUUUACUCCUGAACUUAUUUAGUCUUGCCAUAACAAAGGGGUUGAGUACUUAUUGACUCAAGACAUUUCAGAUGUUCCUUUGUAAUUAAUUUGUAAAAGUUUCUAAAAACAAAAUUCCACUUUGACAUUAUGGGAUAUUGUGUGUAGAUUAGUGGCACAAUCUCAAUUUAAACCAUUUAAAUUCAGGCUGUAACAUAACAUAAAGUGGAAAAAGUCAAGGGGGUUGAAUACCUUCUGCUGUAGAUGCAUAGACGUGUGCAUGAGGAACAAUGAUGCUCACUUGUAUUUUGGGGGGCUAAUUUUUCUGAGUGUCCAGCAGGCAGACCUCAAUGUGACUGGUGAUGAACCUUUUGGGGUGAAGGACGGCAGCUUCACCGAGACGCCUGUCUUCGCUAAGGUCCGUGGAGUGGAGCCUCCAAUUCAAGACACCGGUAAGACACUGCAAGAGGAGAAGUAAAUGCAUUAUUACAGUUUAAGAGCUAGGAGGUAGAUAUGUUAAUAGUAUAUGUUGAGAAAAAUCGGACUAAAAUGAAGAAUCUGAAUGUUGUGCAAAUGUCAGUGUAGAAAAGGAGUGUGAGAUUGUGUGACAAUUCAACAGGUGAGGUGGCAGAGUCCUCAGUUCAUAUGGAUGUCCCACCACAAGAGGUGGAGGAGACACACAUGGCUGAGGAGCAGGCAAAGGCGGAGUGCACUAUGGACAUUUGUCAGGGAAAUUCUCUGCCAGAUAAACAACAUGAGGUAGCAGAGGGUCCUGUAGUGAAAGAGCAGGGCAAGGCAGUCUCUCCUGCUAGUGACAAGCAGGAGGAAAGGGGUUCAGUCCUUAGUGAGAAGCAGAGGGUGGUGAAGUUCUAUGUAAGUGAAGAGUCAGAUGAUGAGACCCAUUCCUUUUUAGAUGGUAAGCCUGUGGCAAUGGAGUCAAAAGGAGAUGGUGAGGAGCAGGGGGAGUUGGGUUCUUCUGUAGUUGAGGAGCAGGUAGGGUCCCUACUAGAGAAGGAGAUGAGGUCUUCUGUAGUUGAAGAGGUGGGGUCCUUUGUAGAUGAGGAGCAGGAGGAAGUGGGGUCCCCGCAAGACGACGAGAACAGGGAGAUGGGGUCUUCUGUAGUUGAGGACGAGGUGGGGUCCCCUGUAGGUGAGAAGGACAAGGAGGUGGGGUCCCCAGUUGAAGAGAAGGUUGUGUCCCUGUUAGGUGAGGAGCAAGAGAAGAUGGGGUCCCCACUAGAGGGGGAGGUUGGGGACCCAUUAGGUGAGGAGGUGGAGUCUUCUGGAGUUGAAGAGCAAGGGAAGGCAGAAAGUAUUUUAGAUGACGUCCAGGGUGAGGAGUCUGUUCUAGGUGAAGACCAGGGUGAGGUGGGUUCUCCUUUGGGUCCAGAGCAGGGAGAGGCAGGAGAGGCCGCAAACGCAUCUGCUGUGUCAGACAGAGAACAGGGAGACUCUGAGCUGCUUACAGAUGAGGAACAGCCUGAUGAAGCACAGUCAGAGGCCAGAGGGUUAAAGAAAGUCACCUUUAUCCUGGAGCCAGAAAUGAUCAAUGACUCAGCCCUGUCUGAGCUGGACUCUUCAUCUAGCUGGAGAAGAGAAAGUAUGUCAGGUGAGACAAAUGUCUAAGUUGUUGGCACAAGUUGGGCAGGCGGUGAGGCAUAAACACCUUGGGUUACACACACAGUUGUGCACAUACCUGGGCAUAAAGUCAUAAAGAUACUGGUCAAAUUUUACUGUCACUUUGCCAUUGUCUAAGCAAGGGAUUCAAUGGGUCACUGCAACCACUUUGCACCUCAUCUUUUUUCUACACUAUAAACAGCCAAAUGAUGUUGUAGACCAGGAAUCAUCAACUAUAUUCAGCCGUGGGCCAAUUUCUUUUUGAGUGGAUGGUCAGGGGGCCGGAACAUAAUAAAAAAAAAUAUAUUUGAAGACUGUGAAUUGACCGCAAGAAGCCAAAACAGAUACAAUUUUUGACUAAAACAUAAUCAUUUCAAACCUUGAUUACAUUUGGGAACAUUGUCCUGCGUAGGGUCCUGCGUAGGGUGGGAUGUUAAAACGGGUGUCCUGACUCUCUGUGGUCAUUCAAAAUCCCACGAGUAGAGGUGUUAUGGCUAAAUUCCCAACCUGGCCACAUUCCAUCAUGGCCACCUAAUCAUCCCCCUCAUUCCUAAUUGGCAUUUAUCACUCCUCACCUCUCCAACUGAUAGGUGAUGUUUGAGAGUUCUGGCACAAAAAUGGUCGCUGUGCAUCAAUGAGGUGGGUGCUACACAUUGAUGGUGGAUGAGGUGAGUUUCCCCCUACUAUGUAAAGCGCUUUGAGUACCUCAGUUGGUAGAAAAGGGAUUUAUAAAUCCAAUCAAUUAUUAUUAUCUUUCUAUUAUGCGUGGGAAUACUUGAACAGAUUUCCAAAAUUAAAAUAACUUGGAGCUGAUUUCCUGGUGUUUUUACAGUCUUUUAUGUCCAAUAAUGAAAAUUAAACAAAAAACAUUUUUAAUUGUUUUUUUGCUCAGAAAACUUGGGGGGCCAAAUAAAACCACCGCCAGUUGGUGGAUCCUUGUUGUAGACUCGCUGGGGUGACGUUUUUUAUGUCUGAAUGUAACUUACUGCAUAUGGGGAUUUAUCCACAGAGGCUGAGCUGAGCUCUCACGAUGAAACCAAUACUGCUGAGAUGAUUGACCUGAUGUUUGAGGAGGUGCUGGAAGCUGCUACCCAGGGAAGGAUGGAAGAGGAGGGUAAAGAGGACACUGAGGAUCACAACAGUGGCAUAGCCACAGUGAAGCGCAGAAAGGAGAAAACGGACACAGAGUUGGACAAGGAGAAAGCUGAGGAGGGUGAAGACCCGGAAGAGACCGGGGAACUGGACUCCAGUGUAGAUGAGCUGCUGUCCUUCCCACACAGCUGCAUCCUCUCCCCUCUCAGCAAGUCUGUGGAAGCUGUGGUCACUCCUAUGGUAAGGCUCUGCAGACAGACUGGGGUGCCACGGUCACCUAGUUCAAUGUGAUUCUGAAAGUGUUUGGUAUUGGUAUUUUAUUAGGAUCCCCAUUAGCUGUUGCGAAAGCAGCAGCUACUUUUCCUGGGGUCCACACAACAUGAAACAUGACAUAAUACAGAACAUUAAUAGACAAGAACAGCUCAAGGACUACAUACAUUUACAAACGGCACACAGCCUACAUAUCAUUACAUACACACAAAAUAUCUAAGUCAAAUAAGUGAGAGGUGUUGCUUUAUCUUUUUGUUUGUUUAAACCAGGUUUGCUGUUCAUUUGAGCAAUAUGAGAUGGAAGGGAGUUCCAUGCAAUAAUGGCUCUAUAUAAUACUAUACGCUUUCUUGAAUUUGUUCUGGAUUUGAGGACUGUGAAAAGACCCCUUGUGGGGUAAGUGUGUGUGUGUCAGCUGUGUAAGUUGACUGCAAACAAUUUGGAAUUUUCAACACAUUAAUGUCAUAAGAAGUGAUGCAGUCAGUCAAUCCUCAACACUUAGCGAAGAGAGACGGGCAUGCAUUGUAGAUGUGCCGCUCUGUUCUGGGCCAGCUGUAACUUAACUAGGUCUUUGCAGCACUUGGCCACAUGACUGAACAAUAAUCAAGAUAAGACAAAACUAGAGCCUGCAGGACUUGCUUUUUGCAGUGUGGUGUCAAAAAAGCAGAGCAUCUCUUUAUUAUGGACAGACCUCUCCCCAUCUUUACAACCAUUUAAUCUAUAUGUUUUGAGCAUGACCGUUUACAAUCUAAGGUAACACUGAGUAAUUUAGUCUCCUCAACUUGUUCAACAGCCACACCAUGCAUUACCAGAUUCAGCUGUCUAGAGCUUAGGGAAUGAUUUGUACAAAAUACAAUGCUCUUAGUUUUAGAGAUGAUCAGGACCAGUUUAUUACUGGCUACCCAUUCCAAAACUGACUGCAACUGCUUGUUAAGAGUUUCAGUGACUUCAUUAGCUGUGGUUGCUGACAUGUACAGUGGGGGAAAAAAGUAUUUAGUCAGCCACCAAUUGUGCAAGUUCUCCCACUUAAAAUGAUGAGAGAGGCCUGUAAUUUUCAUCAUAGGUACACGUCAACUAUGACAGACAAAAUCAGAAAUAAAAAUCCAGAAAAUCACAUUGUAGGAUUUUUUAUGAAUUUAUUUGCAAAUUAUGGUGGAAAAUAAGUGUUUGGUCAAUAACAAAAGUUUCUCAAUACUUUGUUAUAUACCCUUUGUUGGCAAUGACACAGGUCAAACGUUUUCUGUAAGUCUUCACAAGGUUUUCACACACUGUUGCUGGUAUUUUGGCCCAUUCCUCCAUGCAGAUCUCCUCUAGAGCGGUGAUGUUUUGGGGCUGUCGCUGGCCAACACGGAUUUCAAAUCCCUCCUAAGAUUUUCUAUGGGGUUGAGAUCUGGAGACUGGCUAGGCCACUCCUGGACCUUGAAAUGCUUCUUACGAAGCCACUCCUUCGUUGCCCGGGCGGUGUGUUUGGGAUCAUUGUCAUGCUGAAAGACCCAGCCACGUUUCAUCUUCAAUGCCCUUGCUGAUGGAAGGAGGUUUUCACUCAAAAUCUCACGAUACAUGGCCCCAUUCAUUCUUGCCUUUACACGGAUCAGUCGUCCUGGUCCCUUUGCAGAAAAACAGCCCCAAAGCAUGAUGUUUCCACCCCCAUGCUUCACAGUAGGUAUGGUGUUCUUUGGAUGCAACAGCAUUCUUUGUCCUCCAAACAUGACGAGUUGAGUUUUUACCAAAAAGUUAUAUUUUGGUUUCAUCUGACCAUAUGACAUUCUCCCAAUCCUCUUCUGGAUCAUCCAAAUGCACUCUAGCAAACUUCAGACGGGCCUGGACAUGUACUGGCUUAAGCAGGGGGACACGUCUGGCACUGCAGGAUUUGAGUCCCUGGCGGCGUAGUGUGUUACUGAUGGUAGGCUUUGUUACUUUGGUCCCAGCUCUCUGCAGGUCAUUCACUAGGUCCCCCCGUGUGGUUCUGGGAUUUUUGCUCACCGUUCUUGUGAUCAUUUUGACCCCACGGGGUGAGAUCUUGCGUGGAGCCCCAGAUCGAGGGAGAUUAUCAGUGGUCUUGUAUGUCUUCCAUUUCCUAAUAAUUGCUCCCACAGUUGAUUUCUUCAAACCAAGCUGCUUACCUAUUGCAGAUUCAGUCUUCCCAGCCUGGUGCAGGUCUACAAUUUUGUUUCUGGUGUCCUUUGACAGCUCUUUGGUCUUGGCCAUAGUGGAGUUUGGAGUGUGACUGUUUGAGGUUGUGGACAGGUGUCUUUUAUACUGAUAACAAGUUCAAACAGGUGCCAUUAAUACAGGUAACGAGUGGAGGGCAGAGGAGCCUCUUAAAGAAGAAGUUACAGGUCUGUGAGAGCCAGAAAUCUUGUUUGUUUGUAGGUGACCAAAUACUUAUUUUCCACCAUAAUUUGCAAAUAAAUUCAUUAAAAAUCCUACAAUGUGAUUUUCUGGAUUUUGUUUUCUCAAUUUGUCUGUCAUUGUUGACGUGUACCUAUGAUGAAAAUUACAGGCCUCUCAUCUUUUUAAGUGGGAGAACUUGCACAAUUGGUGGCUGACUAAAUACUUUUUUUCCCCACUGUAUAUGUUUGAAUCAUCAGCGUACAUGGACACACAGCCUUUGUUUAAUGCCAGUGGCAGGUCGUUGGUAAAAAAUAAAAAAGAGUAGAGGGCCUAGAGAGCUGCCCUGCAGUACACCACACUCUACAUGUUUGACAUUGGAGAGGCUUCCGUUAAAGAAAACCCUCUGAGUUAUAUUAGAUGGCUCUGAAUCCACGAUAUGGUAGAGGUUGAAAAUCCAUAAAACAUCAGUUUUCUCAACAGGUUAUGGUCAAUAAUAUCAAAGGCUGGCGCUGAAAUCUAACAGUACAGCUCCCACAAUCUUCUUAUUAUCAAUGUCUUUCAACCAAUCAUCAGUCAUUUGUGUCAGUGCAGUACAUGGUGAGUGCCCUUCUCUAUAAAGUCUGUCAAUUUGUUUACAGAGAAUUAGCAUUGUAUUUGGUCAAACAAUUUUUUCCAACAGUUUGCUUAGAGCUGGCAGCAUGCUGAUAGGUCUGCUGUUAGAACCAAUAAAGGCCGCUUUACCACUCUUGGGUAGUGGAAUGACUUUGGCUUUCCUCCAGGCCUGAGGACAAACGUCUUCCUCUAGACUCAGAUUAAAGAUAUGACAGAUAGGAGUGGCCAUAGUCGGCUACCAUCCUCAGGAGCUUUCCAUCUAAAUUGUCAAUGCCAGGAGGUUUGUCAUUAUUGAUCAAUAACAAUAAUUGUUCCACCUCUCCCACACAAUUCAAACUUACAAUGCUUUUCUUUAAUUAUUUGUUUUUUAAUGCAUGAAUACGAUGGCUCACUGUUCGUUGUUGGCGUUUCCUGCCUAAGUUUCCCCACAUGGGCCAAUGAAGUAAUCAUUAAAAUAAUCUGCAACAUCAAAUAGUUUUGUGAUGAAUAAGCCAUCUGAUUCGAUUAAAGAUGGAGUUGAAUUGAUCGUUCUGCCCAUAAUUUAAUGUACUCAAGUUUUUAAAUUGUUUUAUAUCAUUGAUCUUGGCUUUCAAAGUUUGAAUGUUUUACACGUAAAAAAAUAUACAUCCAAGUGUUUGAUAUGCCCACAGAGACUUGCAGCCAAUCAGCUAGCCAACCCUCCAUCCCUACUUCUGACUCCUGAAGAGCUGACCACUCCCCCUGCUGAUAGUGCCCCUCUCUACAGGUGAGUCAUCUUGUCUACACUUCAGGACAAGCAGAACUGACAGUGGUCAGCUAACAUGAGUGAAAUUGAAAAACUAAUUGUCUAUGAAAAUCUUUCAAAAGAUAUGAUUGGCUUGUGAUUUAUACCUGUGAUUGAUGACUCCAAUCUGUUUUGUGAUUGAUAGCAUCGAUGCCUACCGCACCCAGAGACAGAGCACCAAGCCAGCCAUUCAGAGUGUAACCCCAGGGGUGUCGAGGCGUGCCGCUGUGAAGUCCCAGCCCUGUGUCAACACCAAGGAAAGGAUCAUGGUCUGUAGUAGGACUGUUGGAACGGUUGAGUCUAGUCUGUGUGUCUUCUGUGUCAUGGAGAGUGACUACCUGUGUAGCAUAUCACCAAACUUUGCAGGAUUUCCUUUGUGUGGGCAUUGCCAAAUGUACCACAUGGAUAGCUAUGCCUCUGACACUGACCACGUUUACAUGGGCACAGUAUUCCGGAUAAUAGCUCAUAUCCUGCUUAAGGUCUUUUUCGGGAUAAGCUGUUUCUCAUGAGUAUCCCUGUACCCAUGAAUACAAAUAAUUUUCCAAAUGUAAGUUCAUAUGAGUUAAAUGGAAUAGUAACUGAAAUAUGUACACUGACUGUAGGCCUAUAACCUCUCACAUGUAGUGUAAUAUAUUAUUAAAUCCUGCAGAAUUAUCAAUUUCUUGCAGUGAAAUUAUACAACAAAUGUUAAUUGAGUGGAGAAAUAUGAUUUGUUUAUUUCAGCAUCUCUUGUGUGUGUAAUGUGUUCUCUUUGACACUGCCCACACAAAGGAAAUCCUGCAAAGAAUAUCCUGGUCCUCUGUAGCUCAGCUGGUAGAGCACGGCGCUUGUAACGCCAAGGUAGUGGGUUCGAUCCCCGGGACCACCCAUACACAAAAAGAUGUAUGCACGCAUGACUGUAAGUCGCUUUGGAUAAAAGCGUCUGCUAAAUGGCUUAUUAUUAUUAUUAUUACUGUUAUGCAAGCAGACAGUAUUUCAGCCACAUCAAAUAUGCACCCAAGACAAACUGAAGUCUUAUCAGAAAUGUUUCGUUUUCUCAGCUUUUCAUUUCCUUAAAACCAGUCAAACUGAUGACAUUUGGACAUUUUGCACAGAACUAAUCUUUCCACUGUUUUGGAGUUAUUGCGUUUUUCUCCCGGGUCCCUAAAUGAAACGGUAAAUAGGACAACUUUACCGGUGUUAACUAUAGAUUACUAAUGCAUUCAUUCUAUCGAUGUUAGACAUUAUUCUGGUGAGCACUACUUUAUUUUGUUUUCUGGGGCAACAAGUUAUGACGAGAAGCUGCAUGUAUCAAACUAUAGUGGACAAACAAAUGGCCUACCAAAUGUCGGAAAUUAUAAGCCAAAGCUUAAUUUAAAUGAUAGUAAUUAUAGUAGGCUACAUUGUUAUGGAAUUAUGGUGGAUCUAACUGCGCAGGUAGCCUACUUUUUGAAGUGAUUUGUUUGACAAUCAGAUGAAAACAUCAUCACACAAAACCCAUGAUAUGCGAAAAUGAGCCUGCCCAGACCGCAAAAACAACAGUAAACGGGAUAAGAUGUUUACAUGCCACAAUAUCCGGUCUUAGAUCAGCAUAUCCCAGGCAUCUUAUCCGGGUUUCUCAUAACCGGGAUACAAGCCUUUUUGGGUUAUUGUAAACGGGAUAUGAUGUUUAUAUGCAUCAACUCAAAAACAGAAUACUUGAGUAUCCCGAAUAAUAACGGGAUAUUGGUGUGCAUGUAAACGUGGUCAAUGUAAAGAAAGAGUAUUUAAAUGAGUUUGGCUGGGUGGAGUGAAUAUCCUGUCCUCCUGUGAUUGGUCAGAUUCUGAAUGAGGAUGCUGCCAAGCUGCAGACGGUCAUCAAUCAGACGUUGCAGGCCCUGAGCUGCUGCACUGACGAGGACCACGGCAGGGGUUCCCUGGAGGAGGCAGAGGCUGAUAAACUGCUGCUCGUCUCCUGUGAGUCUCUAUCUACUAUCCUAGCUCCAUGACUUGUUUUCUCCCCCCUCUCCUAAUUUUUCUGCUGAAUUAGUGUGUAAUCGUCAACCUCCUCUCUCUCACUGCUAUUGCUCUUUUUUUUAUCCUGUAUACUUCUAUGCUGGAAGGUAUGAUGGACCUCUUGAUUUGUCCCUUUGCUUGAUCAUCUGACUGUGUCCCCUCUGUCUGUCUCUGCUGUGUGUCAGGUGAGAAGCGGGCAGCCCUGCUUGCUGAGGUGGCCAGGCUGAGGGAGAGGGGGCGCUCAGUCUCUGAGGAGCUUGAGGGGGGUGAUGGUGAAGGGGACUCCAGCAUGUCCCAGCAGCCCUGCAGAGGCACCGUCAGCAUCAGCCGUGUCCAGCUCCCUCUCAAGGUGGAGUUUGUCUGCUCUGCCCGCACACAAACAGGUACCUACCAUCAGCUAGGCUACGCAUGUUAUCACCUUUUUAUAGUGUGACGUUUAUGUUGCAUCAUUUAUUUUUAAUCAUUUACUCUGCUGCUGCCUGCUGCAGAGGUGAGUUGUUUGCCUCCUCGUUUGGGUUAAAUGCACAAAGCAGUAAAGUACAAUUAAUUCAUUGUCAGCUCAAGACACAUUCGAAAUCAUACCAGAUGAUUAAUGAACAACCCUCCUGAAUAUUUCUCUCCUCCCUAAAGGUCGGCCCACUCACUAUUUCUUUGUCCUGAUUCGCUAUGGACCUUGCAACAUCAUUGCGACCCCAUUGGCCACGGCAGCGGACGCCCAGAAUGGAGACACCAUCUCCUUCCCCACCUCCAUCACCCUGUGAGUCCCGCCACUGGUUCCAUAUGGAGGAAGUGAGGAGUAAAGGAGAACUCACCAGACCGAUUGUCGGUCUGUACAGUAGGGGGCCGUUCAUUUGCUGUUCACUUGCUGUCGGCGCAUGUGUUAUAGGGUCCAUGUUGAAUCGUUUUGCAAAUUACGGCCGGCACUCUGUUCAGAGGAGCUAAGUACUCUCGGUCGGCAAUCCUACUGGUCUGUCCGUGCCUUAAAGGAGAUGCUUGUGUAAUGUCUGCUGUACUACUGCUGAAAUGGCUGUCACCCCUCGUCUGUCCAACUCUUUCUCUGACUGUAUUAUGUCCCUUCAGGCAGGACAUUCGCUCCAACUUUGAGAUUGAUGUGGAGGUCUACAGCCUGGUGAGAUGGAACAUACUGUAUUACUGUAUUUCUCACCUAAAACCUGUGUAUUAGUAAAUGCAAUACAUGGUCAAUGAUGUGUUAACAGGUUGUAUGUAUCAUUUACAAACUGUCUUCUAUUACUCAGUCUCACACCUCAGGGAACACCUUCAAUGUCGAUCUCCGCAGCUCCACCAGGUCAAGGGUGUGUGUGACAUCUUCCGAUUUAGAAAUGCUGUCCAUGGCUGACAAUGAAAUAUACAUGUGCGUGUUCUGCACAAAAGCUCAAUUCUGACCUUAUUUAUUUUUUAGGUCACCCCAAGGAAGCUUCUAAGCACCGUCAAGGUAAGUGAUCUGCUUUCUUAUCUGUCUAGUACUUGAAAUGGUGGGGGCAUAUAUUUAUACCCCUUUUCCUUUCCUGUUACAUGUUUCUAAUCUGAACUUUUUCUUGUUGCUUUUCAACAGAGAUCCAACCACAGUGUGACAUGUAAGUAUUAUUGUCCUAGUUGCAUAUUAUCUGAAGAUGACAUUUGUCCUGAGUGGUGACAGUUUUUGAUUGGAUUGAAUCAACACCCCACAGCUUCUACCAUGCCACCCCUGAACACCCGGCGCACCAGCAACUUCUCUCUGGUUGGUUCUCACAAGAUCUCCUUGGCCUCCCUGGGCCAGAGCAAGUUCCCCCUGGACAAGGUAGGCUCAUCUCACCUGGCUGCCUGUCUCACAGCCACACCUGCUGCAGUGCUCCAGCCUGGAUGAUUGUGUAUCAGAUAUGUUUACUGUACCUGCACUCCUACAGUAUGGGAAGAUGUAGGGAUGCAUGUUUUGUCAGUCAAUUACAUGGUUUUAUCUUGCCUCCUUUUUUAUUUUGAACCACCUGAUUGCCAGCUUGUAUCACUGUCACUUGAGGAUGAGCGCUAACAUCUUUUCAUCUAUUUGGUUGAAUCUACUGUAUCUCAUGUUACUUUUUCUGAUUUCUCCACCCAGUGUAAUUCUUUCAUUUGCGAUAUACAGAUCGGAUGGUUGUCAUUUCCUCACGUGACUUUUGUUUGUUUUUGUGUGUUUUUUCAUGUUGUUAAUAACGUUUUCCACUGUCUGGGUGGGGUCACUUGUAGGGCUGUGAUGAUUAUGGAAUUUGGGGUAACGUUAAAUUGUCAUGCAAAUAGCCACGGUUAUUGUAAUUUUUGUUGACAAAUAUUUUUAGCUUGUAAUGCAUCUUUCAGAAUGAUCUAUGACAUACAUAAUAUAACACAGCUUUUGGUACCACCCCUGUCUCAAAAACAAAUGGUUUUGACCCCUUGGAACUUUUGGAAAUUAAGCUUCUUCUCCCGACCAUGCCGUUUUGCUCGUAAAAUGAUUACCAACUUUACCCACUUCAUGUAAAAAUUAAAACUACUGUUGGGUAAACUAUAUCUACUGGAAUAGAAAAUUGACUCUCCCCGUCUCCUAAAAUGAAUGUAUUAAGAUGUUUAUGACAACAUCAAAAAAAUCACUGUUAUUGUCGGUUACGCGAUUAUACGAUAAUUGUGCCAGCCCUAGUCACUUGUGAUGUUACCUCUAUUCCUCCCUGUUCUGUCUCCACUUGUGAUGUUACCUCUAUUCCUCACUGUUCUGUCUCCACUUGUGCACAGAUGAAGUUUGAAGGCAAAAUCAGGAGACUCCUGGGAGAUGAGUUUCAGGAAAAGGUUUCACUCUUUCACUCACUUUUCCCCCUUCUUUUCUCUUUGCUUCUCCAUUUGACUCCUUUCAUGCUUCUGAGUGUGUGUGGCCAGCAAAACUGGUAUCAAGAAUUAGUCUUUGCUACUCUGGCUAUAAUAUCAGUGAUGGAGGACUCCAUAGGUAGAUGAAAAUGUGUGUUGAAAUCUAUGUUCAUAUGACUCUGUAUUAUUUUCUUCCAUUUUGCUUUAUCAUUGCAUAUUGCUUUCUACUGCAUGUUUUGUUUACCUCCCUAGCUAGAUUAACUACAAGAAGCAUAACCCUGGUAUCCAUGUCAUGAUAAUUCCACCUUCUCUCUGUGCAGGUGCCCUUCCUAUCUCCACUAGAGGGAAACAUCUACCUGCAACUGGACAGUGAGAGCCACUCUAAUGUCCAGCACCAGGGCUUCCUUGUGAGUUAUUUUUCAUUUAUUUUAAUUCACUUGGAUCUCUCAAGUGCAUAUUAUCCUGCUCCUGUCCUCUAUACUUUCUUUACUGUGUUUCAUCCUCCGCCCACCACUUCGUUCUCUUUUCUCCUUCCAUCCAGACCAUGUUUGAGGUGGUGAAUGGAUUUGGAGCUUGGCAUCGACGCUUCUUUGUCCUGGAGGGAAACCAAAUGUCCUAUUGGAACCACCCCAAUGACAGGGGCAGCAAGGUGGGCAUUGAGCUAUGACAGAGAUGACUGGACUGGAGCUCUUGUUUCCAAGCUCUCAGAUCAUCAGAAGGAUUUUGCAAAAAUAAACAAUUGUGAAACUUCCAUUUUAUGUUUAUUGCAUACAUGUUAACAAUAUUGUCGAGUACUUUAUAAUAUUUCUAAUAUAUUUUCUAAUAUUUCUAAAUUGUUUGUACCUUUCCUGCUGCAAAAUUAAUUGCCUCUUGAGGGCAUUAAAGUUCUCUUAUCUGAAUAUACAAAGUCACACUCUAACUUUAGAUUUCGUAAGGUCAUUGAACUCCAAAAACAUUCCCUUAUCUCCUCUCUACUGUUCUCUCUGUCUGUUGUACUUGCAGGCAGCAGAAGGCAGCAUCUCCCUGUCUAGUUCCUCUAGUCAGAGUGUGAAGCCAGUGAAGAGAGACUCCUGUGCUCGCCCCUAUACUUUUGAACUGGUCAGCAGCAUCCAGACUGCACAACAGGAUGACCAGGGAGCUCUGGCCAAGUAAGUCAUAGUUAAUCAUUUUGUCUGGUAUGAACUGUAAAGUAACAACCUUACUCCCCUAUGAUACAAGCAAAUUAAAUUAGCUUGACAACAAGUGGUCAUGAAUGUUUUCUAUAUGAAUGUUUUGUGGAGGACUGAUACUGCUAAAGUGAGCCUGUCUGUGUAUCUCAUAGACAGUGGUCCAUAGAUCUUGAAUGACAUUUCAGCAUUCUCAUUACAUGUUCUGUCUGUUCUUAAGGUGCUGGUUCUCAGCAGAUACAGGGGAGGAUCGAGGGGACUGGAUGGAGAACCUAAACCAGGUUCUCCUGGACCUGCAUACCUGGACUCGCUGUCCCCUGAACCAUGCUAAAGCACAGCCCAACAACCAGGACAGCUGUGGGAACAUUAGGGAGAGCAGUCUGUAACACACUAUUAUAUCAUAUAUAUCUUUAUGAAUUCUUAUGAUUACCAUUGGGAGAUUAUUUUAUAUGUGGUGAUAUUUUGCCUUACCUUGGAUUUGUCACUUCAAUAGCUCUUUAAAAUAGAGCUCCAUCUUGUGUGUUUUUUGGAUUAUAUAUGUACUAUUUACCUGAACUUGAAGAGGAUGAUUUAAAUAAAUCUGUAUCUACAAACACUACUAAAUAAGUAUCAAAGCUAUUGCAGAAGAGCCCUAACACUAAACUGAUGAUUAGUCCCAAUAGUUUAGUUAUAAUUUUCAUAAGACAAACACAAAAAAGCCAGACAUAGCUACUGGACAACAUUAUUUCACUACUACAGCGUUGCUGUAAUACCCUCUAAAGUGUAGAAAUCUGUCUCUCAGAAAUAAUAAGUCUGUACCUGACAAAAAACCUACCUAAUCUAGAAACUCAUGAAUUGAGUGACUCAACUAGAAUUGCGGUCAAGUUGAGUUAUAGUACUGUACUCGAAAAAUGGUGGUAUCUCCUACGAGGAUAAAAAUACUGACCAUUUCACGAGUUAAAUUGUGUUCCUUAAUUCAAAAUAUAUUGGUGUGUUGUGCAUAACAUAACAGGGGCCUGUCAACGAAGAUGGUACCCAAGCAUGUCAAAUGGAGUAUAGAAUGAUAUAAGGCCGGUGGGUGUUGGAGGUGUAGUAUAAUAUUAGUGCCUCAUCUGAUGAUGAUGAUGAUGAUAAAUCCUAGUAGGAGCCUAAAAGGAGAUGAAUGUAUAUGCUGACUGUGGUCAACCAAUUAAUUUUUUUCCUUUUUCAUGUAUUUACUGUCAAUCAGUCGUUCUCUUUCUGUAUGUGGAUGUUAUCCCUAUAAACUACCUAUCAACAUUCUUAUAUGCACUUGAUUGAUAAAGGUACUACCAGUAAAUAAUAAAAAUGGGUCUAAUAGCGUACCCUAUCAGAUGAAUUUGUUUUGAGUCCAUGCAGUUUGUGUGUCAUAUUCUUCUGUAAAUUUGAUAUGGAA